GGUAGGUAGUCGUGGUGGUCGUGGUCGUCGUGGUGGUGAUGCGUUCGUGCGCGAAAGGAAGAACAAGAGAGAAUCAGUAGUAGUAGUAGCAAUAUUAUUCCGAAGAAAACAACAACAACAACAACAACAACAACAAAAGAUACAAAACGAAGUAAGCAGUAGGGGCAGUGGUUAAUUGGAAGGGCGUAAUUGAUGGGGCGGCAGCCGUGCUGCGACAAGCUGGGGGUGAAGCGGGGGCCGUGGACGGCGGAGGAGGACAAGAAGCUGAUCGGCUUCCUGCUCACCCACGGCCACUGCUGCUGGCGCGCCGUCCCGAAGCUGGCCGGCCUGCUGCGAUGCGGGAAGAGCUGCCGCCUGCGCUGGACCAACUACCUGCGGCCCGACCUCAAGCGCGGCCUGCUCACCGACGCCGAGGAGCAGCUCGUCAUCGACCUCCACGCCCGCCUCGGCAACAAAUGGUCCAAAAUUGCUGCAAAAUUGCCUGGAAGAACUGAUAACGAAAUAAAGAAUCACUGGAACACGCACAUCAAGAAGAAGCUCAUAAAGAUGGGCAUAGACCCUGUCACCCACCAGCCACUCAACAAAAAGGCUAGCCCGACAACGUCGCGGUCGACUGCCACCACCGAAUCUAAGUCCGACAAUCAAAAGUCCACUUCUCACAGCGAUGAAGGGCGAACCGGCUCAUCGCAAAACCACUCGAGUCCACCGGAUCAAGCUAGCUCGAAGACGUGCCACGACCAACUAGCUAGCUCUCUAUGGGAAGAUGAUCUACCUAUUGUUGAUGACUCAUGGUUACUUCAACCUAGUGAAGAGGAUUAUAGUAGUCUCAUGGGACCGUCGCCGUGGGACGGGAACUGCGAAUGGCUACUUGAAUUUGAUCAUGAUCUUGGCUUAGGGGACUCAGGAGUGUUCCACUAGGUUGUAGGAAAAAGAAAAGAUAAAAAAAAAGGCAAGGCAAAUUGGUGGAGUUGUGUUUGUGUUAAGUAUAAAUAUGAAUAGAACCAUCAAAGUGUAUAUUAUCAACUAAUAAGUUUGUAUGAGAGAGCUAGGUUUGAUCAUGGAUUCCAAACAAUAAUUUAAGGGAAUUGGAUCACAUGAGACACCUAGCUCAACACUCAUUAAAAGGUUCCUUGUAUUCUUGAGUCCAAUUCUUGUGGUGUAUAGUGUAGUGUGUACCCUUUAAGAAAAAGGGUGUGAGUUUGCUUGUGGAACUUUAGUGUGUGUCCAAAGGUAGAUAAUGUUGCAAGUGGGUAAGUUUUAUAAUACUGAGCACAUUACAUACUUGAUUUACUAAAUGAACAGUUAAGAUCUAUAAUGUUUAUAAUAUAAUUUUUCAAUUUGUAUUA